AUGUCUUCCGGAGGCUUCCUGAAGGAAUUGCAAGUCAUUGGGGAGAAGCUUCUCCUCAAGCUCCAGCGGCUGCCCAAGGCCGACCCGGUGGAGAUCGUGUCUUUUUGUGUCAUUCUCCUGUUCAUUGCUACUGUUCUGGUGAUGAUGGUCAUCGCCUGCAGCUGCUGCUGCCUCAGCUGCUGUAGCUGUGCUGGACGUCCUGACCACAGGCGGAGGAAGAUCCAAGUCCGCCCAGCUGCGCAUCCGUGA